AUGUCAUCCAAUGUCCUUGUCUUUGGUGCUAAUGGUUACAUUGGUUAUGGUAUAGCUUCAGGCCUUCGUCGUUCUGGUUUUCAUGUCUAUGGUGUCAUUCGUAAUGGUCGGCAUUCAGCAUUACUUGUUCAAAAUGAAAUUGAACCGAUUGUUAUUGAAUCAUUUGAAAAAGUCGAUGCUAUUGCAGAUCAGCUUGGAAAAUGUUCUAUUAUUGUUGAUGCUGUUGGUUUUACAAAAUCCUUAUCUGAAAUAAUACUUAAAGCAGUAGUUUCAGCUGGUAAACAACGAACGCAAGAUGGAAAACUUGCACAUUAUGCUCCACUUUUUAUUUUUACAUCAGGCAUUAUGACAUAUGGUGAUACAUCAGUGUAUGGAUUACGUCCACUCGACGAAACAAUUAAACCAAAUCCUCAAACAAUGGAAAUGAAAGCUCGUGAAGAACAUGAAAAUCUUGUUCUUGCUACAUCAUCAAGUAUUGUUCAUACGACUGUUAUUCGGCCAGGCUUCGUUUAUGGUAGUCAUGGUGGUUUUGUUGCUGAUCUUUUCUACUCAGAAAAGCCAGCUGUUAUUCAUGGACGACGUGAUAAACGAUGGAGUUGGAUACAUAUUGAUGAUUUAGCUGAAGGAUAUGUUCUCGUCGCACGAGCAUCACGUUCACUUGUAUCUGGGCAAAUAUGGAAUUUAGCAGCACCUAACGAUAAUCCAACAUAUGAAGAAGUAAGAUCAAAUAUGGCUCGUGUUAGUGGACAACAAAUAGAAUAUAAAGAAGCAUCAAGCAGUGAUAGAACACCUCCUCGUUGGGAUACAGAUUCAAUCAUUAAUCCAUCGAAGGCUAUAGAACAACUAGGUUGGCGACCAAAGCAUGUCGGUUAUAUACAAGAAAUUGAAACAUAUUAUAAAUCAUGGGCUGCAUAUAAACAACAGCAAUAG